AUGCUCAUCGGGGAUCUCUUGCUGCCUUGCGUCUUCGCAGCGCUCGGGAGGCUAGUACUCGCUUCUCCAUUGCCUCUCAGCGAGUGAGUAUAUGCUCGUCCCGGCCGUGCGAGGCUCGAGCUUGGGAGUGGGAGCAGGCACCUGCGCACAGUGGGUGUGUAUUUCUGCGGCGCAGUGUUGUUGACUUUUUCCAUUCCUUUGCGCUUGCGGAAAAGGUUUGAGACCGAGCUGCACCGACACAAAACCUCGCCGGGACAGCCGGACAAGGGGCGCGUCUUUCACUCGGCGUACAAACCCCUCUGGGAGGCUCAUCGUCGUGGACAGCAACUUGAAACACUCAAGAAAGUCACCUACGACCAUGAUGACUACACACUAUCCUCCGACUUCGAGAUCACCGACAUACCGACCGAGCGUAAUUACUACUUUGACGUUUCGGAGGUGACCGCAGCCCCUGAUGGGGUGACGCGCAAAAUGUUUCUCGUGAAUGCGCGAGUGAACGGAGAGUUGAUCGAGGCGAACGAGGGUGAGUCACUAGACGCAAACUCGUCCGGCUAUAGCGAGGACAAACAGGUACCUACCAUUGAGCUUGUACACGAACUACAGGUGACACGAUCAAGCUGCAUGUCAGGAACUGGCUUCGCGUCGGUACCGGCAUCCAUUUCCAUGGCAUCCCGCAAGCCCACGUCAACUACUUCGAUGGUCCUGUUGGUGUCGUCACCUGCCCAAUCGCUUCGAAGAGCGAGUUCACUUUUUCCUUCAAGCUAGAGAACGUGUGCGGCACCUACUUUUGGCACGGCCAUCGUGGUCCUCAAUUAGGGGAUGGCAUUCACGGGCCUGUGGUCGUGCAUUGCCUCAACGACGCUCUCAAGAAGGGCGCAGAUUUCGAUCGCGAACAGGUCGUCAUGGUCACUGACAACUAUCACGAGCUUUCUUCAGUCAUCAUGGAUAAGUUGCGCUCACCCGCUGGUGUUUACGGGGUAAGCAUGACACUUCUUCGUGAGGAUCAGUAGCUGAGGCAGAUGCUGACAGAAUCCGCCAACCUCACAUGCAGUCCACCUCGGCGCCAACGCCCAAAUCAGGGCUCAUCCAAGGUCGAGGUGAUUUUGACUGCAAAAACAGGACCAACAUCCUCAAGGGACAUUCGUGCAAGAAGCAGAGCAUCUACAGUGAGAUCGCCGUUCCUGCAGGUUCGCUCACUCGGUUGAGAUUCAUCAACGCCGGAAUGCACGGUGCGUACCUUUAUCAUCUAAUUCGUGUCGUCAGCGCGCACACGCACUGAUGACAUCCUGGCGGGAUCUACAGCGUUUUGGCGGAUCUCGGUCGACGAACAUGAGAUGAAACUUAUCGGUAAGUCUGUGAGGCGGGGGCUGUAUUUCGCUUGCACGCCUUACCUGACCAUGCCCGUCACUCUACUUCCAGAGGUUGACGACACCGCCAUCGAUGCCGUCGGUAUGCCUCGAAUCCCUAUCAAUGCUGGCCAACGCUUCUCAGGCGUCCUCGAUACCCGGUCCGACAAAGCUGGGUCGAGCUUCUGGAUGAGAUCCUUUGCGGCGACGCAGUGUUUCCGCGCACCCCUGAAUGGGUUCAACCCCGAGACAUUGGCCAUCGUCCGCGUUGUCGAUCCAACGAUUGAUUGUUCUUCGACUUCAUCAAGUUCGGGAAAACAGAUAUUACCUACUUCUACACCAUUCCCGCACGACCUAGUUGAGCUGUGCGAGGACCCUGCGACUAGUGAGUGCAUAAUACGCGGUUUUUGUUUGGAUUGAACCUGACUGCUAAUACAAAUCGUACUCCGUCCAGGUAUCCUGAGACCACGAGUGGCAGAGAACACCGCUGAUACUGCGGAUCAGGUGGACUAUUUCAAUGCAACAUAUAUACUCGCGGCGGAGGGAGGUCGAUUCUACAUGGAUGGGAUCAGCUUGUGAGUGAGAUUGCUAUGGUUGCCGUUGGCCGCCGGCUGACGGACUGGCUUAUAAACCCUCGACGCAGCGAAACCUACGCUUACGAGUGAGUGAACAUAUUUCGAGUAUCUUACAUUACAGAGCUAUUGCUGACUCUCACCGUCCCCUGUUACAGCCCUUUGCUGUUCCGGGCGAUUCGAGGCGAAUCCAUCGCCAACCGCUCUGCAACGGUGAUCAUGUCCGAAACGACCGGCGAAGGUGGUCGAGCCAGAGUCCACGACAUCAUCGUCAACAACCCCGGAGGCGGUGCCCACCCUUUCCAUCUCCAUGGUCCGCGAUCCGGUAUCGUUGGGGGUGGGGAUGGCACCAUCUCCAAGGAGACGUGGGCGACUAUGACGCCUAUGACUCAAAACCCCACGCGCCGAGAUGUGUUCACCGUCGCACCCAACUCGUACAUUGUGAUCCGCAUCGUUGCGGACCUAGUAGGUGUACAUGCGUUUCAUUGCCAUGUUUCACCUGUGCGUUUUACAGAAUGUCUUUUGCGUGUCGAACGGAGCUAGAAGUCAUUCCGAAGCAAGCUGCUGACACGAUGAUACCGUUCAUUGCGCAGCACACGAGCGUGGGCAUGGCAGGAGCGUUGGUCGUCCGACCCGACCUCAUUCGCCAGAUCCAGCUACCCCAAGAAAGCAUCGACGUGAGUACUUGGAGCGCUCGCAGUUUUGAUUUCUUCAGAACACCUACAAUCUGACCAUGAACCCCUUUUUUAUCAACAGAUGUGCAAAGCGUCUCAUUACGACUCUGGCUUUUCCGAGGAGACACCCGAGUCCGCGCGUCGUCGGUGA